AUGGGAAAAUUAGUGAAACUCCUAGGCUCUGGAGUUGGACUGGCGUCCGAAGCCAUCCACGCUGCUCGGUCGCGGUCGCGCUCUGACCAACCAUCCUCUUCGGCGAGUGCAAGCAACACCGUUCCCCCAGAGUAUGUUGAGGUCGAGGAUGACACCGCCGAAAGACUUAUCCGUAGUGGGCAAGCUGAGCGGGUAAUCGACACCGGCGAUGAGAAGCAUCCCUCCAAGGCUGCCGAAGCUGGAUACGACUCUGAAGGCGACAGCUCGGAAUCCGAGGAGCUUGAGGCUCUCGGACAGGAUGAAGCCGCCUGGGAACUUGAUGAGAUGGCCGAGCGUGUGAGGCUGCCUACAUACGACGAGUCAGAAGCUGCAGCUGCAGCUGCAGAGCCAGAGGAUGUGAAGGUCAAGAAGGAAGAGGCAAUGGUGCGCGAGCUUGUUCGAAGGGCCGGAACCCCACCUCAGCCACCACAGCGUAUUCCCUGCCCCGUCAUCAUCCCUCAGCGCCGUCCGAGAAACAAGGAUCGCGGAUUUGUUCGUGCAUAUGCUCCCGUGCUUGCCGAUUGUGGUAUUAGCCAGGAGGUGUUCUUGCAGUUUUUGGAAGAUUGUGACAAGGCUAGCAAGGCUUCUCCAUGGAUCGAAGUUGUCUUCGUGGCUGCCGGCAUCGUCGGCUUCGUACCCGAAGUCUCAGCACAGAUUGUGAGCGCCGUGGUGCAAGUGGUGGCAGGAACGGCACGGGAAUUACAGUCGAGAUCUCGCCGCAAUACCUUCCUGGAUCGCGUCAACCAGGACUUACUCAUGCCUCGCGGGCUAUACGCCAUGAUUAUGACAUUCAAAGACGAGAUUCCUGGUCAACAGAGCGGGCCCCUGUACAGACUAUCCAGCUCGAUAGGGAAAACUCUAUUCUCCAGCGAGAAACUUGACAUCAAUCAGACUGUCGCCAAGUAUAGCAACUCAGAUCCAGAAAUGUCCAAAUUGAAGAAGGGUCUGAAGGAUAUACGCUUGACAAGUGGUCAAACACGGACUCAAAUUGAGCUCCCCGAGGCUGCGGAGCUGAUUUUCCCUGAUCUUGACCGAGUCGCGGAAGAAGCAUUGGAAGCUGACGGUAAAGGCAAAGAGACCGGUACUCGGGAUAAGUUCAAGAAUGCUGGUACUUGGGUCCAAGACUACCUUGAUCGACGUGGACAAGCUUUCUAUGAAGCUGAACACCAAGGAUCUUCCUUGGCUGUACCCUCGUCCGACAGGAAGUCGAUGGCCUCCCGCUACAAUGAUCCCAACCAUCCUGCGAACAGCGGCUCCUUGAUCUCGCUCAUCACCGGUGGUGCCGUCAACCCGGCAGCGCGAAGACAAGCUAGGCGAGAGGCCAAGCACGACCGGAGAGCGGCCAAGCGUGAAUACAAAGAUGCUAGGCGUGUGGCUCGCGGUCGCGCUCCCCGAGGCCCUAGAAGGGUCAAGCGAAGGGGCCAGCGGAAGACCAUUCUCAAGAAGAUCCUGCGUCAGGACGUACUGUAUCUACUGAUUGUCAAUCUUCCCAGCCAGGAAGAAGUUCAGCAGUCUGUUGCGCAGCUUGAACAAGUCAUGUCACAGACUGGUGCACACUAA